AUGGGUUGUUUGCAAUCAAACCCAUUUCGCAGGAUGCUCCUUUUCCUCAUCCUUUUCCUCUUUCUUUCGUUUUCAUUCCCUCGUAUUUUCGCCCAGGAAUCUGAUGGUGAUGAUGCAACCAAGGAUCUGGCUCGGCGUAGUGAAAUUUUUGUGGACAAGAUAAAAACUGGUAUUGUAGGAGAUGAGAAAAACCCUGAUUCCAUUAAUGUUGGUGUUGGCCUGGACUCUGGUCUGGGAAUAUUCGAUGCUUUCUUUGCAAGUUUCUCCAUGAUUCUUGUCAGUGAGAUUGGAGAUGAAACAUUUAUUAUAGCAGCUCUCUUGGCAAUGCGUCAUCCCAAGUCAAUAGUUCUAUCUGGUGCACUCAGUGCCUUGAUUGUGAUGACGGUACUUUCGACUGCUCUUGGUAGGAUUGUACCAAAUUUGAUAUCAAGGAAGCAUACUAACAGCGCAGCUACAGUUCUUUAUGCCUUUUUUGGACUGCGACUACUUUAUAUUGCAUGGAGAUCAGCAGAUUCAAAAGCUUCCCAGAAAAAAGAAAUGGAGGAAGUGGAAGGGAAACUGGAAGGUGGACGAGGAAAAAGGGCGUACCGACGAUUCUUUUCUAGAUUUUGUACACCAAUCUAUUUAGAAUCAUUUGUUUUGACCUUCCUAGCAGAAUGGGGGGACCGCAGCCAGAUAGCAACAAUCGCUCUAGCUACUCACAAAAGUGCUAUCGGAGUAGCAGUCGGGGCCAUUAUAGGACACGCGAUUUGUACAUCAUUAGCUGUUGUGGGUGGAAGCAUGCUUGCAUCCAAGAUCUCGCAACGCACUGUUGCCACAGUCGGUGGACUAUUUUUCCUUGGUUUUUCGUUGUCUUCGUACUUGUAUCCUCCUCUUGACGAUGGAAGUUUAAUUGAUCAACUUUAG